AUGGCGCCCGCCACCGACCAGACCGUCUACGGGGGCAACCCAUUUCGCCGCAAGGCCGCCACCAGCCAGGGGCUCGCCUACGAUACCAGCAACAACCCCUCUUCGCCGUCUCCGUCCAACCCAUUUCCCGGCGUUGGCUUAGGCCUCGACACUCAGAUACCAAACGAUUAUCGAUCCGACGCCUUUGCUACUCUCGAUAGCACGCCACAAUCGGCCAUACCAAGACAACCAUUCACAACUUUCCGCCCGUCCAUACCCGAUAACGACUCGCUGGGGCCCGACGACGAUACCUUACAGAGCAGACCCAAGAAAAUCGUCAAGAAGGUCCGCGUACAGUCGCCCCCGCCCUCAUCGCCAGAGGAUGUCGUACCGGUGACCAAGUCCGAGUCCGACGAGUAUAGCUACGAUGACGAAGAUAAUGAGGAUGCGCAAAGCAAUGGUUCUGCCAAUGACGGCGACCGCGUGAACCCUUUCGGCGCUAAAGAUUCCAAGUCUGAAGUCGCAGAGCAGACGAAACCGGCUGUUCCGUCUAGCGGACCACCAGCGAACCCAUUUGCGAGGACGCUGCAAGACAUGGAGCCGACUGCGCAUGGAGACGAUGGGACCUCUGCUGCAGCGGGCCCGACAAAGGGGGCUAUGGACGUACAUUCCUUCAAGAGGUUGCUGCUGACAGGCCAGUCGAACUCACCACCUGCACCGAGGGGUGCAGAUGCAGCUGUGAACUCCCAAUCGAUCACCGGGACCGGUGGACUGCACGACGCGGCCAGUAGCACAGAUGCCAGUUCAGUCUCGCGCCAAUCGCUCUUCGAUCAGAUGCUGGACACGCCUCGAACCUCACACGAUAUAUCGGAGCCCGAGACCAUUGAAAGGACUGCUGCGUCCAUACCGACUUCGCGCUUUGCAGUGUCCUCACGCAGCGGUUCUGCUCGCCCAAAGCCGCCGCCCCCGAGCUCCAGACAUGGAAAGCUUAUCAAAGUAGAGCUUGGGGCAGAAAGCCGUUCCCCCGACGCACAAGAAUCUAGCAGGCCAGACGACCAGCAGCCAUCGCAACCACAAGCUGCCGAUUCUGACGUAAAUAAGCCCUUGCCUCCUCCCCCGGCUCGGAGCUCUGAAGACGAGGCAAGGGAGUCGCCAUUUGAUCGGGAGGCUGCAGGCAAAACCCCCGAGGCAUUCAACGAAGACCACAAAGUGCCCAUUUCACCAGCGGCAUCCAUCACAAGAUCUCGAUCUGAAUCCCAGGGCAGCACACAGUCGAAGAGAGCCGCCGUUCCACCCCAAGCCCCUCCUCCUAGGCGACACGCUCGAAGUGAGAGCAAGGUCGUGCCAUCACAAUCCAAGAACAACGACGAAGAUCCGCCUCGAUCGUCACUGGACUCUACACGGUCUCGAUCAGAGAGUAUUCGUGCCGGCAUUGGGUCUGGGAGCGCCUUCGCCCCCGCUCCACCUCCCCCACGACGUCCAAAUCAUGGACGAUCAAAUAGUACUUAUUCCAACGUCAGCCAGCCUAGUGCAAUUAGCCCUCAGGGAAUCUUUGCAGAGAGCCAGAAGUUCGGCAGCCCCUCGCCGGAGGACCGCGCAAACUUGGACGGGACCGGCAGCCCACUUCAGGCUGAAAUGAGCAGAGAGUCUACGCCGAGAAUUGCGGCUCCGCCCCCGCCUCCAGCUCGGAACUCUAGUGUCCGGCGACCACUGAGCAGUCAGAGAGUGUCGGAAGCGAGUAACGUGUCUGCUGGAGGUCGCAGGCCAGCAGGCAAUCGCGACAGUUUCAUAGCCCCUCCACCACCGCCUCCGCCACGGCAAAGAGGCAGCAGCCGUGGGAGCAUGGAGAGCCAUACACGACCGGCACUCAAGGAUCUCAACUCACAGUCUGGUGGUGAAGCACCGGUCAGUACCACACUAGCCGCGGCGAAUUCUCUCCCGACUGGUGUGGUGGAGAACCAGGGAGCUGAUAUUCUGGCCGACCUGGACGCGCUGCAACGCGAAGUGGACGCGUUGAUGAAGCAAGCAAAUGCCGGCUGA